AUGGCCAAAAGGGACCUGCUCUGGCUGACGGAGAAGGCUCUCCAUCUCGGAGAUGUGUGGGAGGUGCAGGACUCCUCCUACGAUAAUCAUCUCAAGGGCGACGACCCCAAGAAGGAGGCGGUCACGAUUUCGACUUCUCUUUUCCCCAUUCGACAGCCCGGGGCGCUGCUGUCUUGGCCCGGCCUCCCGGGUGAGAAGGUGAACCCCAGCUCCCUGGAGCAGACACUCAGAGCCCUGGUGAUCGGACUCAUGGCUGACGGGGCUGGAGCGGCGGCUGGACAUACAGGCCACGUUGGUCCUGUGGUGACUGGGGGCUCCCAGGAGAACCCCACCGCAGAGCCGGAGAGGUGGCCCCAGAGAAGGAGGCGUACGCCUGGGGCCGGGCCUCACCAGCCAGCCCCGGGCCACCUGCAGCAACAGGCCUCUCGCCGUCCAGGGGCUGGGUGUUCGGGCGCCGUGGGCAUGAGCUGCUGUCUGCACGGCAGCCGAGACAACACCAAAGUGUCUAGAAAUCCGGGCCAGGAGGAGGAGGGAGGGGGAUUGGCUGUGCCCGCCAGUGGCCUGAGAGCCCUGGCCGCCCGCAGAGACCUGACCCAGGGCCCGUGGGGAGGGCGUGGCCCACGGUCCCCAGCGCUGGCCGUCUCUGGGUUCCAGGAGAACUGCGCGAUCCUCGGGGAGCUGGUGAGGCUGCAGGCUCAGAAGUUCCGCCUGCUGGGGUUCAGCACGCGUGCCGACUCCGUGCUGGAGAUGAACAUGGCCAAGACCAGCCAGCUGGUGAACACUUUCCUAGAUGAGCUGGCCCAGAAGCUGAAGCCCCUCGGGGAGCAGGAGCCCGUGAUCCUGGAGCUAAAGAAGGCCGAGUGCCAGAGGCGGGGCCUGCACUUUGACGGGCCCAUCAACGUCUAGGACCUGCGCUACUACAUGAACCAGGGGGAGGACACGCGCUACCACGAGGACCAGUACCUGCUCAAUGAGUCCUUCCCCAUGCAGGUGGUCACGCGCGGGAGGCUGGGCAUCUCCCAGGAGCUGCUGGGGCUGACCUUCGACCUGGAGAAGGGCGCCAACAUGUGUCACGAAGAUGUGAGGCUCUACACGGUCCAGGACGCGGCCUCGGGCAAGGUCUCCAUCGGCAAGUUCUACCUGGACCUCUACCCUCGGGAAGGGAGGUCCGGGCACAUGGCCUGCUUUGGCCUGCAGCCGGGCUGCCUGCAGCAGGAUGGGAGCCGCCAGAUGACCAUCGUGGCCAUGGUGGCCAACUUCACCAAGCCUAUGCCCAACCCGCCCUCCCUGUUGCAGCAUGAUGAGCUAGAGACCUACUUCCAUGAGUUCUGGCAAGCGAUGCACCAGCUCCGCUCCCAGGAGGGUGCGGGCGCGGUGCUGCAGGCAGGGGGCGGGGAGGGCCCGGGCUCUCCCGUGGUCCUCCGGCAGUCUUGGUGGGGCACGGGCAACGCCGUCCCCCAGGGGCUGUGGGACAAGCUCAUCAACUCCCGGCAGGCCAACCCAGGCCUCUUCAACCUGUGCCAGAUCGUCCUGCCAGAUGUGGACCAGGCCCUGCACACGCAGACGCCCGCGGACCCGGUGCAGGAGAAUGCCCACCUCUGCCAGGAGAUCUUCGGGGGCCCAGCCACGCAACGGACCCACCUGCCUGCAACCUUCGGCCGCCUGGCAGGAAGCUACGACGCCCAGUCCUAUGGCUACCUGUGCAGCAAGGUGUACUCCAUGGACACGUUCCACACACGCUUCAAGCAGGAGGGCAUCCUGAGUGGCAAGGUUGCCAUGGACUACAGAAGCUGCAUUCUGAGGCCAGGGGGCUCCGAGGAUGCCAAGGGCAUGGUGACGCUCUUCCUGGGUUGCGACCCCACGCAGGAUGCCUUCCUCCUGAGCAAAGGGCUGCAGGUUGAGGGCUGCAAGCCGCCGGCCUGCUGA